UUAGCUUUUUCCUCUUGAGAGCCUACAAUUUGACGUCAGAAAGAAGACCAACCGUUUCUACCAUCGGAGACUCUACAAUUGACAUAAGAAGACUCACCACACCGACACCAAAAAAUAACUAAAAAAGAAACAAAAAAGAAACCCUGUUGUUUCUCCUCUUUUCAUAUGUUCCUUCAACUCUCGCGUGAAUAUUGUAUAUUUUUUUUCAUUUUCUGGUGACAGUUAACUUCGCAUCUUGUUUUUGGUUGGAUUGGUUUGUUUUGCUGCCAAUUCUCUGGCUCGUGAUUGUGGUGCUGUUCCGCUGAGCUGUUGUCUGAGUUGCUGCGUUUCCAUUUCAUUAAUCUCUUGUUUGUUUUGCUGGAUUUCCAGGAACUGUCUUUUUCCCAUGGCCUUGAGCACCCAAAGAGCCUCUACAUCUCGUACUUCAGCUGAAUGUGCUCCUCCCCAUUGGAAGCAUGAUGUGUUUUUGAGUUUCAGGGGUGAAGACACUCGCAGGGGUUUUAUAUCCCAUUUAUACCAUGAACUGCAGUACUGGCAAGCAAUUAAAACUUUCAAGGACGACCGAGACCUUGAAAUAGGAGCAACUAUUUCUCCGGAGCUGUUGACCGCAAUCGAAGAAUCACAUCUUGCCAUCAUUGUUCUCUCCCCAAAUUACGCUUCUUCCACCUGGUGCUUGGAUGAACUAUCCAAGAUUCUUGAAUGCAUGCAAGACACCAAGAGAAUUCUACCAAUCUUUUAUCACGUGGAUCCUUCCGAUGUACGAAAUCAAAGGGGGAGUUUUGCGGAAGCCUUCACUAAGCAUGAAGAAAAGUUUAGGGUGGUGAAUUGGAGGAGAGCUCCUUUAAGAAAAGUAGCCACUCUCUUCAGGUGGGAUUCAAAGCAUGAAGAGUUUAUUGGAGAUGUAGAGAUGGUGAACCGGUGGAGAGCCGCUUUAACAAAAAUAGCCAAUAUCUCUGGGUGGGAUUCAAAGAAUUAUCCGUCGGAAGCAGAGCUUAUUAAACACAUUGUCAAAUAUGUGUGGACGAAAGUGCACCCAACGUUCAUGUUGUCAGGUUCUCUAGACAAGUUAGUCGGAAUUGAUUCUGCACUUGAGCAGCUACAUUUGCAAUUAGCUCCCAAAGAAAAUGAUGUUCGCUUUAUAGGGAUAUGGGGGAUGGGUGGGGUAGGCAAAACAACCCUUGCUAACCUAGUUUUUGAAAGACUAUCCCAUAAUUUUGAACUUAGCUCGUUUCUAUCUAAUGUGAGAGAGGUUUCUGCAAAACAUGGUACUCUGGUUGAUCUACAAAAACAACUUCUUUACCCAAUCUUAAAGGAAAAUAUUAUCCAAGUUACGGAUCAACGGUCCGGAAUCUCUUUCACUAAAAGAUGUUUAAGGAAUAAAAAGGUUCUUAUCGUCCUUGAUGAUGUGGAUCAAUUAAAACAACUUGAAACACUGGUUGGAGAGAAAAAUUGGUUUGGUUGGGGGAGUAGAAUUGUCAUCACAACUAGAAAUGAAAGUCUACUAGUUCAACAUGGUAUAAAAAAACUAUAUGAGGUCAAGGUAUUAAAUGAUGAUGAAGCUCUAGCGCUCUUCAGUCAAAAAGCCUUUAAGAAAAGUCAGCCUGAGGAAGGUUUCUUGGAAUUGUCUAAGUGUUUCCUACAUUAUGCCAAAGGUCUUCCAUUAGCUCUUGAAACUUUGGGGUGUGCUUUGUAUAGGAGAGGUCAAGAUACAUGGAAUAGUGUGUUGUAUAAUCUGAAGAAAAUUCGUGAUCCAAAAAUUUUUGAUUCACUAAAAGUAAGUUAUUAUGGACUAGAAGAGUGGGAGAAGAAAUUUUUUCUCCAUGUUGCAUGUUUCUUUAAAGGGAGGGGUAAAGAGGAAGUAAUUGAAAUACUAGACAGGAACCAUGACAUUUCUAGUCGUGUUGUGAUAGAUAAUCUUAUUAAGAAAUCUCUCUUAACUAUUAAGGAAAGCGAUUAUGUUAGUCUUGUGAAAGUUCAGAUGCAUGAUUUGAUACAAGAAAUGGCAUGGGAAAUUGUUCGUCAAGAGUCUAUCCAAGAGCCUGGUCAACGCAGUCGUUUGUGGCUUCGCGAUGAUAUCUCUCAUGUAAUCAUGAACAAUACGGGAACUGAAGCAAUUGAAGCCAUUGGCUUGCAUUUGCCGAAAUUAGAAGAGGUGCAUUGGAAUUGUACUGAAGCCUUCUCUAAGAUGCACGGAUUAAGAUUUCUUGAAUUUGAUAAUGUGAUCGUUUCUUCAGCCCCCAAAGAUCUUCCAAAUUCCUUAAGAACUAUCCGUUGGAGUUGGUACCCUUCUAAAUCACUCCCAUCAAGUUUCGAACCACGUUUCCUUGUUGAACUAAAGAUGAGUAACAGCAAACUUUCCCAUCUUUGGGAUGGAGCAAAGGAUUUACCGAAUUUGAAAUAUGUGGAUCUUAGUUCCUCUCGGGAGUUGACCAGCAUCCCAGAUUUCACACGCAUUCCAAAUCUUGAGGAAUUGUAUCUGUAUGGUUGUAAGACAUUAGGCGAGGUUCACUCGUCUAUUGCAGUUCACAAAAAGCUGAAGGUUUUAAGUCUUGAAAAUUGUAAAAGUAUCAAGAGUCUUCCAAGUAAGUUGGAAAUGGAUUCUCUUGUAUUCUUUUGUAUUAAUGGCUGCUCAAACCUGAAAAAGAUUCCAGAAUUUGGGGGAAAUAUGAAGAACUUGAAAACGAUUUAUCUACGUGAGACUGCUAUCGAGCAAAUACCUUCUACAAUUGAACAUCUGGUUGGCCUUGUUUUUCUAUGUAUAAGUAAUUGCAAAAGUCUCUUGGGUCUACCAGGGGAGAUAUGCAAUUUGAAGUCUCUUAAAACCCUCCGUGGUAGGUGUUGAUGUGUAAAUUGGUUUACUGAUUUACUGUUACUGUUUUACUGCUUACAGCUGGAAUGUCUAAGUAACAGCUUAGAUGUAUUUUCUGCUAGGAGAAUUUUGUGUGGCUCAAAUGCCUAUAGGAAAUUGCCAAGUGUCAUACACACAUUGGUGGUUCAAUUUUGUACCUUUGCUGAUGUAAAUCGUUUGAUAAAAAGAAGAGAAAUAUAGCUGAGCUUUUUAGCACAGCAGCUAAUACGUUUUUCUGCAGAAACAUAUAUUCUUCCAGCUCCUUCUCUCAUCUCCUUCCCUUUUUCUCCCUAAAAUCCAAAUCAGUACCUAAUAC